UCUUUCCCUUCACCAUUUCCUCUGUCCCCAGUAGAGAAGAGAGGAAAAGCAAUCUCUCUCUUUCUCUCUCUCUGAAAAUUCUUACUUUCUCUCUCUAAAAAUCUAAUCUUUUGUAUCUCUAUACACAUAUAGAUACACGUUUAUCCGUAUCUAUAGCUUUUUAUUGAUUCGUUUUUGGUUUAGAUUUGCCAUUUUUCUUUUGUGUGUGGAGGUGUUCGAAUUGAUCGGACUGUGGAGAAUUGAGGUAUGCAGGCUGAUCAAACGGUGAUAAGUUUGAGACCAGGUGGUGGUAACAGAGGUGGUGGAAGCAGAGUAUUUGGCUCUCGCUUUGAUACCUCAUCUACCAAUUCUGAUCUCUCAGUUUUUCGUCCUCAUGGCGGUUCUUCAUCUUUGCCAUCUUUCAAGACUGGAGAUUCUCGUUUUGAGAGCCAUGAACGUGUUCGCUAUACGCGAGAUCAGCUCCUGCAACUGAGGGAGGCGGUUGUCUUACAGUUACCUGAGGUUUUUCUGCAAAUCAAACAAGAAAUUGAAGCUGAACUGUUUGGUGAAGAUGCCUCUCGUGGUCGUGUGGAUAGCAAUGUGCAGGUUCAGCCUCAGGGUCGUUAUUCUGAACCAGACAAUCGUGACUGGCGUAAUAGGCCAGCACAAUUUUCUUCCCCCGUAGAGGAGAGGUCAUGGGAAGCACUUCGAGAAAACAGGGAAUUUGGUGGCCAGUAUACUCGGCAAGAGCAAUCACAGUUUGCAAGAGCUCAAGUUUCUGCCAACCAAGGGGGAGGUCCUGCUCAUACACUGAUCAAAGCUGAGGUGCCAUGGUCAGUCCGAAGGGGCACUCUUUCUGACAAAGAUCGUGUCUUGAAAACAGUCAAGGGAAUACUCAACAAGUUGACCCCGGAGAAAUUUGAUCUUCUCAAAGGCCAAUUAAUAGAUUCAGGGAUAACGAGUGCAGACAUUCUAAAGGAUGUGAUCGCCUUGAUAUUUGACAAGGCCGUAUUGGAACCCACCUUUUGCCCGAUGUAUGCCCAGUUGUGUUCUGAUCUCAAUGAGAAGCUUCCUCCAUUUCCAUCUGAUGAACCUGGUGGGAAAGAAAUCACGUUUAAGCGAGUUCUUCUGAAUAAUUGCCAAGAGGCAUUUGAAGGUGCUGACAAAUUGAGGGAAGAGGCGAGACAAAUGACUGCUCCGGAGCAGGAGUCGGAACGCAAGGACAAAGAAAGGUUGAUCAAAUUGCGCACUCUUGGAAACAUACGUCUUAUUGGGGAGCUUUUGAAGCAAAAUAUGGUUCCUGAAAAGAUUGUUCAUCAUAUUGUUCAGGAACUAUUAGGACAAGAUCCCAAAAUCUGUCCAGAAGAAGAGAACGUUGAAGCUAUAUGCCAGUUCUUUAACACCAUUGGUAAGCAGCUUGACAAGAAGCAAAAGUCAAGGCACAUCAAUGAUAUAUAUUUCAACCGAUUGAAAGAAUUAUCAACAAACCCUCAGCUGGUAGCACGCCUAAGGUUUUUGGUGCGUGAUGUGCUGGAUUUACGUGCCAAUAACUGGGUCCCUAGGCGGGAAGAGGUGAAAGCCAAAACCAUUAAUGAGAUCCACUCGGAAGCAGAGAAGACCUUGGGGUUGCGUCCUGGUGCUACAUUAAGCAUUAGAAAUGCUCGUGCUCCUCCAAGUGCUCAAGCGAAUUUGGGUCCUGGUGGCUAUCCCAUUAAUAGACCCGGCACUGGUGGUAUGAUGCCUGGGAUGCCAGGAGCAAGGAAGAUGCCUGGGAUGCCAGGAAUGGAUAAUGACAAUUGGGAGGUUCCUAGGUCACGAAUGCCAAGAGGUGCUCAGCAACCAUUGAUUGGCAAGUCGCUGUCCUUGAACACAAGACUGUUGCCUCAGGGUAGCAAUGUCGGCAUGAGUGGCAGGAGUAGCGCUCUCUUACAAGGUAGUGGUGGACCUCCUGUCCAACCAUCAGGCUAUGUCUCUGGUAUGGAGUCUGUAUCACAAGUUCCAGUACCAGUUAAGCCAUCUCCAACUAGUACCGUUUUGCCUGUUGCUGAGAAACCUCAGGUUCCAGCUGCAAGGUCAAAUCCCGAGGAGCUGAAAAGAAAAACAGUUUCACUUUUGGAGGAAUAUUUUAGUGUUCGGAUUUUGGAUGAAGCCUUGCAGUGCAUUGAGGAACUCAAAUCCCCUGCCUUCUAUCCUGAGGUUGUCGAGAAAGCCAUAUCACUUGGACUGGACAAAAGCCCACCACGUGUUGAACCAGUUGCACAACUUCUUGAGCACUUGUUUGCUAAAAAGGUUUUUACUGCUACAGACUUGGCCACUGGAUGCUUGAACUUUGCUUCUCAGUUGGAAGAUCUUGCGAUGGAUUUACCAAAAGCACCAGCAAAUUUCGGGGAGAUAAUUUCAAGGCUAGUUUUGACAGGGGCAAUGGACUUCAAGUUGGUGAAUGAGAUCCUGCAGAAGGUAACCGAUGACUUAUACCAGAAGGACUUAUUUGCUGCCAUCAUGAAAGCUAUUAGCUCUAGCCCUACUGGUCAAGGAGUAUUAGAUUCACAAGCACCUGAUGUCGAAGCCUGCAAAAAUCUGUUCCAGUAAAAAGCUCAAAUCCUUGUCAAUGGAAUGUACUCGAUAUCACUUAUCCUCGCAAUGGCCUUUCUGUUGUGCUCAGUGGACUAAAGCAACUGUAUCACAGUUUUUCAUAAUUGGAACUGUAAAGAACAGGUGAGUUUAUGUGAGUUGUAUACUUUUCCCAACGUGUGUUCAUUAGACGACGAAAGACAGUUUUGCAACAUGGUAAAUUAUACGCCAUAUUUGCUCGAGGCAACGGGCUGCUUUACAGAGUCCAGCCGUUUUGUAUUCCAUUAGUUUUUCAUUUACUUUUUCCCGUUGACUUGUUAUAUUAAGUUUUGUCGAAUUUGUAGUUCAUAAAAUGCAACUGUUCCUAUCUUUACACCAUUUUAAAGCUGAAUUUGGUAA